GGGGAGGAGGUAAACAAGAUGGCGGCGGCGUGUCGGGCGCGGAAGGGGGAGGCGGCCCGAGGCCCCCGCGACUGAGGCGGGGCGCGGCGGCAGCGGCGGCGGGCGCCGGCCGGCAGUGCGGCCGCCUUGCAUGGGCUGGGUCCCCGCGCCGCCCCGCCUGCUCCACGCGCGCGGCGGCCGCGGCGGGGGGACGCGCUGCCCGGGCUCCGGCGGCCUCCGGAACCCCGGCCCGGGGCCUGCGGCCUGCGCCGCCUCGGCCGCCCGGAGCCCCGCGCGCCCGCGGCCCGCGGCCGACGGCGUUCGGGUGGAGAGCGAGCGCGGGCUGCCGUUUGGGGAGGGGCGCCCGCCGGGCCCGCGCUGCCGCUCGGGGUCUCGGGCCGGUGUGCGGGCGCCCGGGCAGUGGGCGGCUCGGACGGGGCUUGUUUCUUGCGGCCGGCGGGCCCCGGGCAGCCCCGGCGCUGGCGGGAGCCGGCCGGGCUGGACGGAGGUGCCCCGCGCGCUCAGGACACGCACCUGCCGGCGUCUCGGGCUCCCCGGACGGCGAGGCCGGCGGGAGACGCCCCCAAGCGGCGCGCCCGGCCCCCGGCUAAGCUCGCCUGCCCAGCUCUGGGGGCCCCGGGGCCGGCCUGUGCGGGGCUCCCGGCGCGCGCCAUGGGCCGCUAGUAAUGGACGGCGCGGAGAAGACUCGACCCUGCCGCGUCCGUGUUCGUUCGAGGGUCUAAAGUCCCUGGAGGAUGACCUAGCACUUCUCGGCCCCACCGGCCUCUCGAGGGCCCCCGUGGACGCGCCGGCCCGCCUCGAAGCUGCGAGGCUGGGCGGCCCCCAAACUUGGGACGCUGCGCACGCCCGGUUGCCCGGGCUCUGGACCAGGCGCGCUUCUUGAACUCACGUUCAGUACAAUCGUUUCUUUUCCAAGAAGGGUUUUUCUUUUUUUUCUCUCUCUUUUUUUCCUUUUUUUGAGAUUUUGUUGACUUUUAUUUUUGGAGAAGGGAAUUUUUUUUUGGGGGGGGGACAAACGGAAGAACCGCACACCGCGAAGCUCAGAAAAGGGAAUAAGGGACCGCCGGCGGGAGUCGGAGGCCUGGGGUUUAGGAUGGAGGUGGCGGACCCGCAGCAGCUGGGCAUGUUUACAGAGGGCGAGCUGAUGUCGGUGGGGAUGGACACGUUCAUCCACCGCAUCGACUCCACCGAGGUCAUCUACCAGCCCCGCCGCAAGCGGGCCAAGCUCAUCGGCAAGUACCUGAUGGGGGACCUGCUGGGGGAGGGGUCGUACGGCAAGGUGAAGGAGGUGCUGGACUCGGAGACGCUGUGCCGGAGAGCCGUCAAAAUUCUCAAGAAGAAGAAGUUGCGGAGGAUCCCCAACGGGGAGGCCAACGUAAAGAAGGAAAUCCAGCUGCUGAGGAGGUUACGGCACAAAAACGUCAUCCAGCUGGUGGACGUGCUGUACAACGAGGAGAAGCAGAAGAUGUAUAUGGUGAUGGAGUACUGCGUGUGCGGCAUGCAGGAGAUGCUGGACAGCGUGCCCGAGAGGCGCUUCCCCGUGUGCCAGGCCCACGGGUACUUCUGCCAGCUGGUGGACGGCCUGGAGUACCUGCACAGCCAGGGCAUCGUGCACAAGGACAUCAAGCCCGGCAACCUGCUGCUCACCACGGGUGGCACGCUCAAGAUCUCCGACCUCGGUGUGGCCGAGGCCCUGCACCCGUUUGCCGAGGACGACACGUGCCGGACGAGCCAGGGUUCCCCCGCAUUCCAGCCGCCCGAGAUCGCCAACGGCCUGGACACCUUCUCUGGCUUCAAGGUGGACAUCUGGUCAGCUGGGGUCACGCUCUACAACAUCACAACAGGCCUGUACCCGUUCGAGGGAGACAACAUCUACAAGCUGUUUGAGAACAUCGGGAAGGGGGACUACACCAUCCCGGGGGAUUGCGGCCCCCCACUCUCAGACCUGCUCAAAGGGAUGCUGGAAUACGAGCCGGCCAAGCGGUUUUCCAUACAGCAGAUCCGGCAGCACAGCUGGUUCCGGAAGAAGCACCCGCCGGCCGAGGAGCCAGUGCCCAUCCCGCCGAGCGCGGACUGCAAGGACCGGUGGCGCGGCAUGACAGUGGUGCCCUACCUGGAGGACCUGCACGGCUGCGCCGACGCCACGGAUGACGAGCUCUUCGACAUCGAGGACGACAUCAUCUACACUCAGGACUUCACGGUGCCCGGACAGGUCCCGGAGGAGGAGGCCGGGCGGAGCACACAGAGCCGGGGCCCGCACAAAGCCGUGUGUGUGAAUGGCACCGAGUCAGCCCAGCUGAGCACCAGGUCGAGGGCGGAGCGCCGGGCCAGCGCCGCCUCCAACCCCGCCCGCAAGGCCUGCUCGGCCAGCAGCAAGAUCCGCCGGCUGUCGGCCUGCAAGCAGCAGUGAGGGUGGCCGCCUGCAGCCUGUCUCCAGGAGCCCCGGCCAGGUCCUGCUCAGUCUUCCCGCCGACUGCUGGCCUGCCGCCCACUGCCCAGGAAGGCCGCCGCUGCACCCUUCGUGCUGACCGCCCCUCCGGAAGCCGGAGGGGCCUGGAGGGCUGUGGUUGGGGGACAGCAGGGACUGGGGUCCGCCCUCCCCUGGUGGCUGGUGGACACGACCUCCUGCUGACUGCAAUCCUGUGCUGAGCCCCUUCCCCCGGCCGGGGGAGGAGGGAGAGGGCCCGGCGCGGCCCCACGCCAGCCCUCGCCAUGCACUUUACGUUGAGACUACUGGUUCUCGCCCGCCCCAACCCCUCUUUUUACUCUGCCGCUCAUUAGCGCCUCCCACACCUGGUGAUGUGUUCCCACCAACCACAGCCGCAGCGGGAUGGGCAGGACAAGCGGACCUGUCGACCGCGAUGCAUGCCCAGUGCCCAGGGGAGCCCGGCUGCUGCCUUGUUUUCAUUGUUUGGUUGGUUUUUUUCUUCUUCUUCUUUUUUAAGAAAAAAUAAAACAGGUGGAUUUGA